UAUGCAAAUAUGAAACUGCUGAAAUCCAUUCAAGCGUAAAUCCUGACAAGUGAAAAACAAGACACCAAUUUGUCAUUACAGCAGCAAAGACAGAUCAGUCUUGUUGUGCAGGGAAUUUUAUCUACAUUAUUGCAGCAGAAUUUUUUUAUUUCUGGACUGAACAUUCGUAAACGGAAUGGCAAAAGUUACAAUUUUUCUCCUCUGCAGCUUUUUUGUGGUUUUUGCUCAAGGUGAGGUGAUUUUAGAGGCGGACCAGACCUGGUUGAGGGUGAAGCUCUCUGACGAAGCUACCCUGAAGUGCUGCUACAAAGUCCACGGAGGACCAAAUUCAGUCAUACCCACUUGGAUCAAACAUGUUAAUGCGUUAAACGGCACCCUAAAUAAAGAAGAAGUGAAGAAUUCAGAAAAUGUGACUGUGAGGGACAGAGAGGAAAACAAUUCUGUAUUUUGUGGCAAGCUAUUCUUCAAAUCAGUCGAGCUGAAUGACACUGGGCUUUACCGGUGUCGUCUGAAUGUCAGUGCAAUCCUCACAUAUGGCACCUACCUGCAGGUCUACGAGCCAUUGAAGAAGACAAUAAACCUCAGUGAAAGCACCAAAAACAAGAUCCUGACUGCUGAAGGAAUCCUACUUUUAAUCUGUGUCCUGGUGCCCUGUGCCACUCUUCUCUGCAAGUCAAAGAAACUACAGCAACUGGAGAAGAAGAAAAUGAGCAGGGAAGAGGAAAACAUUUAUCAGGGGCUAAAUCUGGAUGACUGUUGCACAACAUAUGAUCAGAUUGAACGCUCCCAGCAACAUGGCCCCUACCAGGAUGUGGGCAAUGUUAUGGAGGAUGACGAGGAAAUCCAGCUGGAGAAACCAUAAAGGGAGGGGGAGAAGGUUGAGUCUAAUGUUAGAGUUUAAGUGUGUGAUAUUUGAAUAUCAGAUUAAUUCUUUGUUACACACGUUGGAAUUUUGCAUUUAGCCUGCAGUCAUAGUCGUAGUAUCUGACGACAUAUUUUUUCUUUUCUUCUUUCUUUAAUUUGUGAUUGUAAAAUUAUUUUUGACCUUGGAAAUUGCAGCUGACAAAACAAUCUCACCACAAUGUCCACUCAAUAAGCCGCUCCACUCCAGACAAUUUUGAAGAAACCUAAAAAUUCUGUAAAAAUGUCUAUUAAGUUUGGUUAUUUUUUCCAUGUUUGAUACAUUUAACUGUUCUUGACUCUUAACUGAUCCCUGCACUCAGUUGGCUAGCUGUUCUAAACUUUCUAUCAUAUCACAUGAUCUUCUUCGAAAUUGAAUCUCAACUUUUAUGCCAACAUGUAGAAGAAGUCCUCAAAUUGUUUAGAAAAAUACUUGAACAUCUAUAAUUCAAUGACAACAGGGCAACUUCAUCUGCUGAGGAAGAUCAUGUGAUAGGAUUGAAAGCCUUGGAACACCCUCUGCCUAGACCUUGUGGUAACAUUGUUUUGUCAUCAGCUUCUUUAAUGUGUGUGUGUAUGUUUGUUUGUUUUUUUAAAACAGAAUAUUUUAAUGGAUUUCUUGCAAUUUACUAAAUGACCUUCUGAUGUGUCACAAUAUAUUUGCUUAGUGCUAUUUGUGUGAGUGCUCAAAGAAUAAAGCUGUGAGAAAAAAA